AUGGCGGGCAAAGACGACUAUUACGACUAUCUCUACAAGAUUGUUCUCAUUGGAGACAGUGGCGUGGGGAAGUCCAACAUGCUCUCUCGGUUUACCCGCGAUGAGUUCAACCUGGAGAGCAAGUCGACCAUUGGAGUGGAGUUUGCGACGAAGAGUGUUUAUUUAGACGAAGGCAAAGUCAUAAAGGCCCAAAUCUGGGACACCGCUGGACAGGAGCGGUACCGGGCCAUAACUUCUGCGUACUACCGAGGGGCUGUGGGUGCGCUUUUGGUGUACGACAUAUCCAAGCGGCAGUCCUUCGACAACGUGGAGCGGUGGCUGAAGGAGCUGCGGGACCACGCAGACCCUAAUAUAGUGGUUUUGCUC